AAAUUGUAUAUAUAGUAUAUCAUAUAAUAUAUACUCUCUUUAAGAGCGAAAAAUUUCCCAGAUUUUUUUGCUCAAAAAGCUUUUCAAACUCGAAAGUCGGUCUAUAGGCAAAACUAAUGAUAAAAUCUAAUAAUUUUUUAUAAAACAUUUCAUGAUAUUGAACGUUAAACAGGACCUGAGGUAAUGGUAUAAAGGACUUUCAAACUCACAUGAACAGAUUUUCGAAAAUCAGUGCUAAAACGACGGAAUAAAAUUAGUAGUCAGUAUUUUUAGGGUGGAAGAUUUUCAGUUGACAGUCCAUGUUCAGAGGAUUAUAGCAAAAUAACAUCCUUGUGUUAAGUGUAUCAGAAGAAAGAAAAAAAAAUUCAAGACGAUGCGACAGAUGGUCAACCAAAAGAGUACAAACAAACAGAGAUUGGAAAAGUUAGAUAAAGCGCUACUAGGUUCAACCAGUAAAGUCCAGCCGACAAUCAUAUGGAUAAUAUUAUAUAAUACUGAAAAUGUUCUCAAAAUUGUACUCAAUGCCAUUUUAUUUGAAGUCAUUGACCUCUUUACACUUUGAACUUCUCGUUUCCAUCUUCACAAUUCGCAGUAUAAUCUUGUAAAACUGAUAAUAUGUAUUUUCUCUUUCCUGCUGGCACUCAUAUACCAUAAGUAUCUCUAAUACUAUCGUAUUGUCUAUACUUGUAAAAUGUCGCAUAAAUAUUGUUUCCUCCAUGCACACCGAGUGUGACGAUGGAAAAGCUUCUUUCCGACACUUUCCAAGUAAAAGCAAAGCAACCAUGUCCGUAUUUCGUUUUUAAAAUUAGUAUCCAUAAUAUUUUUGAGAGCAUUAGAUGAUCUUCACUCUCAUGAGAUCACCCAUCGCUCUCAAGAUUUAUGCGCUGAGAAAUACUUCGACAUCAGCAGUCAUACGACGUCAUACGAGGUAUUUCGGCCAACUGUUAGGCUAAAACCAUGCUCUCUUCUAACAAAUUCCUUCAUAUUUAGUAUAUACACACAUACACAGUCUUUAUAGAUUUCAUCGAUCUGUUCGUUUGAAACAGCUUCGCCUUUGACUUCGUUUGUUUCGCGUUCGUCUACCGCCUUUUUCCCGAUUUUCUGGCCUGCGGAGAUUUUUGAAAUGUUCAUAUAGUGUCAGUAGUAUUAAAACGGUCGGUGGGCAUCCAGCAAAAUUUUCCGCUUAACUUGAAUAAUAAUUUCCGUUGCUUUCUUUAGAGCUUUACUGUGAAAGUGAAAGUGUAGUUGUAGUUAAAAAUAUAUAUUGAAAUAUAAAAUACAGAAAUGGCUGAACAAAAGAAGGCUCCACUUCUCAAGAAAGAGGAAGAUUACGUGAAAGCGUUGGAUGGUUUCUUCACUAAAGAAGAUCAGGUUGCGUUGUUGCUCGAUUAUGAUGGCACAUUGGCUCCCCUUAGCGAAGAGCUCUCCGCCAUGCCAAAGGAUACUGAGAUCAAUAUCAAGAAAUUGGCUGCUAACGACAAAGUCUUCAUGGUUGUCUUCUCCGGCCGUGAUUUAGCUGAAAUUAAGAACCACUUGAAAUUCCCCAAUGUCACCUAUGCUGGUAAUCAUGGUUUGGAGGUUGAGUACCCAUCGGGCAAGAAAUUCAAGAUUGAAAUGCCAGAAGAACUCUUGAAGAAACAUCAAGAACUCGUCAACGAACUUAAAGAAAAGGUGGUUUUGCACGGCGCCUGGGUUGAGGACAAGAAAAUCUCCGUUACCUAUCACUACAAGGGUGUCAAUGACAAACUGAAGGCAAAAUUGAUUGAAACUGCCAAGGGUCUGAUUCAAGGACAUGGCUUCCAGCUGAUCGAAACCCCAUACGCUUUGGAGGGCAAACCACGCGUCAACUGGGACAAAGGUGAGGGCGCCAAAAUGAUUUUGGAGAAACACUUCGAAGCCGAUUGGGCCAAGAAACUGAAGAUCAUUUAUGUCGGCGAUGAUACCACCGAUGAGGAUGCCAUCAAAGUACUCCAUGGUUUGGGCAAAACUUUCCGCGUCUCUGAGCUGCCAACACUGAAGACUUAUGCCAACUAUCAAAUCAAAACCGUUGAAGAAGUUGGCUGGCUACUGAAAGCCAUUCAAUCGGUCUAUGAGGUCAAGAAGAAGUAAACCUAAAAAAUGUCAAUAAUUAAAAUUCCAAAAAAAAAAAACAACCAAAAACAAACAGAAAAUGAGUAAACAGAAGGCGAUUAUUGUGUAGCGUUUUUAUUUAACAACAACAAAAAUACAUUUUUAUACAUACAAGUAUACAAGCAAGGAAACAAUCACAAUAUAAAACAAAAUCAUUUAUACUUUUACUGGACCACUAAUUUUUGAUUUAAUUAUAAAUUAUAUAAUUACGCAUUAAUUGUAUUUAUAAACUGUUAAAAGAAAUUCAAUGUUUUUAAGGUCUAAAGGUGUGUGUUAAUAAAAAUUUUCGAAGAAAACAUAAUAUAAACUA